UCGAUUCGUCACGUCAGCAGCAGUAGAACCGCUGUGGUCAACUAGUUAACUUCGCUCUUAUAAUUUUCAGUCAACGGAUUUUGCCCCACUUCGCUCUUCCCUCUCCUACUCAGCAGAGGCGUCACGACACCACUGAAGUCGAGAGGAGAGGUGCUUGGAAGGAAAGACAAGUGGGGACACGUGUACGAUUCGAGUCUCGAGAAGAACAGAUGGUGGGAAAAAAUCCCUAUGGCUUGGCACCUGACUUUCAGAUUCAGAAAGUUAAGAUUCAGCUAGUUUCUCUAACUAGGUAGCUAGUUACCUGUUGUGACAUGGAAACACAUCGAGUGCCAAGCAGCCUUUUACUAGGAGGUGCAGCAAGGCUAUUGUGAAGAUUCGAUGCUCAGAUAGCCACGAGCCAUAGCUGCACUCAGAGGAUGCUGAGAGCCAGUCUGUGAUGGACAUACUGUAGCUCAGUAACACGUGACGCUCCUCAGCACCAGCUAGAACCCAGCAGAGGUCCAACGUGGGGGACUGGUCUCCGGAAGACUGACCCUGGCCCCUUGGCCAUGACAGAUCCCAUCAUGGACUUCUUUGACGACCCCAACCUGUUUGUGGGAGGGCUGGAUGGGUUGGCUGAGGAGGGCUUCCCCCCUGGACCCUCGCUGGUGGAUGAGCUCAACCUCAGCGCAGGCUUUGAGCCCCUACAGGUGGAGCCGAUGGGGGCAGGGAAACACCCCGGGAUGAUCCCCACCUCCGUGCCCUCCUCCACCCAACAGAGCAUGACUUAUGGACAGCAGAUGGGGCAUUUUCCGGGCAUGAAGGCUCAGAACUCCAUGGGACAGCCCUUCGCUGGCUCUGAGGGUGUGGGUGGUGGAGGGAUGAUAGCAGCACAGCAUACCCAGUUCCAUGGACGCUCAAUUGGUCAGGCACCCCAAUCGAAUGCGUUGUUUUCCAACAGCAGCCCCAUGUGGGGCAACCAGGACCAGAACGGGAACCUCUACCACUCAGUGCCCCAGCAACAACAACAACUACAUCAACAACAGCAGCAGCAACUCCACAACCAACAGCAUCACCUCCGACAGCAACAGCCACAGCAGCAGCACCACCCUUGUCAACAACAACUUCAGCAGCAGCAACACCAGCUUCUGAACCAGCGGCAGCGGCAGCACCUUCAUCAACAGGUAGUGAACCCUCAGUCUCUGCCCCAGCAGCACCACAGCUUCCCCUUCCACCAGGCCAACCAACAGCCAGCUCCCCACAACCAGCAGCUUACCACCGGGGGGACCCAGUUCCACUCCAGGGCUGUGCCUAACUCAGGGGCUCUGGCCAAAGCUAAUGUGGAAACCCCCAAUGCCUCGCUGGCUGGAACCCCACCACAGCAGGGUGGCUACCAGCUGGUGCAGGGGACUCAGGGGGCCUUUCCUGGGGUAGGGCCAGAGGGCUCUAGCAUGUCCUUCUCCAUGCAGACCUGCUCCCCGAUGGCUCACACCCUGUCCUCCUGCUCAGUGAGCUCCACCACCGCCUACCCUCCCUCCCAGUACUCCUUCCCUGGCCAGGGACAGCCUGGCACCUCCAGCCUGAGCCAGCCUCUCUCUUUAGCCCCAGUGUCCAUGAUCACCACCACCACUCCCCUGCCCUCCUCAGUGCCUGAACUCUCUCUCGUGGGAGCUGGAUGUGCGUUUUCGUCUGCUCCAGGGAUGACUCAGCAUCAUCAGCCCGAGCAGGUCCCAGUCAGCCAGGCUGAGGACGAAUGUCCCUUCCGGGCUCUGCGCUGCUCCAGGCAGACCUUAGGGAACUACGACUCAUCUGAGAUGUUUGGCCAGGCCAUGAGCUGCUACCCCAGUGCAGUCAGCCAGCUCGUUCCAGACCAGCACCAGCCCCAGAACUGUGGAUCUAACUUGGAAGUUACCAGACCUCCGGCCAGCACCACUACCACUAACGGCUACGUGUCUCUAGAGGUUAGCCUGGCAGGGCUGCAAGGGGAGGUGGAGGCCCAAGGAGGGGGCUUUGAGGGCCUGGAGGCUCCGGACCUGCUGGCUGAUGAGCUGCUGCCUCAGCUGGAGGCUGCCCUCAGUCAGCACGACCACCACGACUCCAACUGUUCCUGGACCAAUGGUGGGGAUGCAGAGAGGAAUGGAAAGGGAGAGGAAGAAGAAGAGAUGAAGGAGGAAGACAGGAUCUCCAUAUCCAUGGACUACAAGAAACAGCCUCCCAAGAACAAGAAUGCUAAUGGUCCCAACAGCCACACAGCAGCGCGGGUCCUCAGCCCCCCGAUGAAGAGCAGCUCAUCCUCCUCGUCUUCGUCCUCCUACAGCUCGUCGUUGGAGAAGCGGGCCCAGCGGAGGCUGGUGAAGGAGCAGAGGGAGCAGCAGCAACUGAUGGAGGAGGCUGGGGAGGACAAGCAGCAGAAGGCUAACAGGAUCAUCCAUGAGGCCAUUGCUAAGGCCCGGGAGAGAGGAGAGAAGAACAUCCCCAGGGUUAUGAGUCCAGAGAGCUUCCCCUCUGGGAGCUCCUCGGCCCACAGGAGAGAGAGGGAGAGGGACAGAGACAGAGACAGGGAGAGGGACCGAGGCAACAAGACCAGGACCAAGGCCUCCAAGAAGGCCCGCAUUGUGCCCUCGUCCAAGCCCAAACAGAAGGCCAAGAUCGGGAAAAUCGUCAUUAAAUUUGGAGGGAUGAAGAAGAAGAGGAAGACAGAGUCUUCAGAGGAGGGGUCUGAUGAAGAGCGUCCGCCUCAAAGAUCCUUUAAAGACGAUGACUCGACGCGUCGGUCGAACCGCCAGGUGAAGAGGAAGAAGUAUGCAGAGGAGGGAGAGGCCAGGGUGUCUGAUGAGGAGGUGAAGGUCGUGGUUAAAGCCAAGAGGACCAGCACUGCUGCAGCACGCAAAGAGCCAGCACAGCAGCUGUUUGUGGAAAACCCCAGUGAGGAGGAUGCUGCUGUUGUUGAUAAGAUCAUGUCAUCUCGAAUAGUCAAGAAUGAGGUCGCUCCAGGAGUUAUCGUAGAAGUGGAAGAGUUCUUUGUAAAAUACAAAAACUACUCCUACCUCCACUGUGAGUGGGCCGUAGAGCAGCAGCUGGAGAAAGACAAGAGGAUUCAGCAGAAGAUCAAACGUUUCAAGAUUAAACAGGCACAGAGAGCCCACUUCUUUGCAGAUAUGGAGGAGGAUCCCUUUAACCCUGACUACGUGGAGGUAGACAGAGUACUGGAUGUGUCAUAUUGUGAAGACAAGGACACAGGAGAGCAGGUGGUGUACUACCUGGUGAAGUGGUGCUCUCUGCCCUAUGAAGACAGUACGUGGGAACUGAAGGGGGAUGUGGACCAGAGUAAAAUAGAGGAGUUUGAGCUGCUGCAGGCAGCAAGGCCAGACUCCCGCAGGACGGAGCGUCCCCCAGCCAGCCUGUGGAAGAAGAGGGAUCAGUCGAGGGAGUACAGUAACAGUAACGUCCUCAGGGACUACCAGCUGGAGGGAGUCAACUGGCUCCUCUUCAACUGGUACAACAGACGGAACUGUAUCCUGGCAGAUGAGAUGGGUCUGGGGAAGACCAUCCAGUCCAUCACGUUUCUGGAGGAGAUCUGGCGUGUGGGCAUCAGGGGCCCCUUCCUCAUCAUCGCCCCCCUCUCCACCAUCGCCAACUGGGAGAGGGAGUUCAGAACGUGGACCCACCUCAACGUCAUUGUCUACCACGGCUCCAUGGUCAGCAGGCAGAUGCUGCAGCAGUACGAGAUGUACUCCAGGGACACACAGGGUCGUGUGGUGCGGGGAGCCUACAAGUUCCACGCCCUCAUCACCACCUUUGAGAUGAUCCUGGGCGGCUGUCCAGAGCUCAACGCCAUCGAGUGGCGCUGCGUCAUCAUCGACGAGGCCCAUCGCCUCAAGAACAAGAACUGCAAGCUGCUAGAGGGCUUCAAGCUCAUGAAUCUGGAACACAAAGUUCUCCUGACAGGGACCCCCCUCCAGAACACGGUAGAGGAGCUGUUCAGUCUGCUGCACUUCCUGGAGCCUCAAAGCUUCCCCUCAGAGAACACCUUCAUGCUGGAGUUUGGAGACCUCAAGACUGAGGAGCAGGUCCAGAAGUUGCAGGCCAUCCUGAAGCCCAUGAUGCUGCGUCGUCUCAAGGAGGACGUGGAGAAGAAGCUGGCUCCUAAGGAGGAAACCAUCAUUGAGGUGGAGCUGACCAACAUCCAGAAGAAGUACUACAGAGCCAUCCUGGAGAAGAACUUCUCCUUCCUGUCUAAAGGUGUCGGCCAGGCCAACGUCCCCAACCUGGUCAACACCAUGAUGGAGCUGAGGAAGUGUUGCAACCACCCCUACCUCAUCAAAGGUGCUGAGGAGAAGAUCUUGGAGGACUUCCGAGAGGUGUACAGCCCUGUUGCCUUUGAUUUCCACCUGCAGGCCAUGGUGCAGUCGGCUGGUAAACUGGUCCUCAUAGAUAAGCUGCUGCCCAAGAUGAAGGCCGGGGGACACAAGGUCCUCAUCUUCUCCCAGAUGGUCCGCUGUCUGGAUAUCCUGGAGGACUACCUCAUCCAGAGAAGGUACCUGUAUGAGCGUAUCGAUGGCAGAGUGAGAGGUAACCUGCGUCAGGCAGCUAUAGACCGUUUCAGCAAACCAGACUCGGACCGCUUUGUGUUUCUGCUGUGUACCCGGGCUGGAGGUCUGGGCAUCAACUUGACUGCUGCUGACACCUGUAUUAUCUUUGACUCAGACUGGAACCCACAGAACGACCUGCAGGCCCAGGCUCGCUGCCAUAGGAUUGGUCAGAACAAGGCGGUGAAGGUGUACCGUCUGAUCACCAGGAACUCUUACGAGCGGGAGAUGUUUGACCGGGCCAGCCUCAAACUGGGCCUGGACAAGGCUGUGCUGCAGAGCAUGAGUGGCAGGGAGAACAGCGUGCCGGGAGGAGGGCCGACCCAGCAGCAGCUGUCUAAGAAGGAGAUCGAGGACCUGCUGAGGAAAGGGGCGUAUGGAGCUCUGAUGGACGAUGAGGAUGAGGGGGCCAAGUUCUGUGAGGAGGACAUCGACCAGAUCCUUCAACGCAGGACCAAGACCAUCACCAUCGAGUCUGAGGGACGGGGAUCUACCUUUGCCAAGGCCAGUUUUGUGGCAUCCGGAAACCGCACAGACAUUUCUCUGGACGACCCCAACUUCUGGGACAAGUGGGCCAAGAAGGCUGAGAUUGACAUGGACUCUGCCAAUGACAGAAACAGCCUGGUAAUUGACACUCCGAGGGUGAGGAAGCAGACCCGACCCUUCAGUGCCACUAAGGACGAGCUGGCAGAGCUGUCUGAGGGGGAGAGUGACAACGAGGACAAGCCCAAGCUCCGCCGGCCCCACGACCGCCUCAACAGCUACGGCAGGACAGAGUGCUUCAGAGUGGAGAAGAACCUACUAGUAUACGGGUGGGGUCGUUGGAAGGACAUCCUGCUCCAUGGUCGAUUUAAGAAGCAGCUGACAGAGCGCGAUGUAGAGUCUAUCUGCAGAGCCCUUCUGGCCUACUGUCUGGUUCACUACCGCGGUGACGACAAGAUCAAGAGCUUCAUGUGGGACCUGAUCGCCCCCUCCGAGGACGGACAGACCAAGGAACUACAGAACCACCUGGGUCUGUCGACCCCGGUCCCCAGAGGCAGGAAGGGGAAGAAGAUGAAGACUCAGUCUAGCACGUUUGACAUCCAGAAGGCUGAGUGGAUCAGGAAGCACAACCCAGAACACAUGCUGCAGGACGAGGGAUACAAGAAGCACCUCAAACACCACUGCAACAAGGUGUUGCUGCGGGUUAGAAUGCUCUACUACCUGAAACAAGAGGUGAUGGGAAGCCAGUCACAGAAGAUACUAGACGGCGUGGACUCCAGUGAGAUCAAGAUCUGGGUUCCUGAGCCCGACAGCUCUGAGCUACCAGCCCUGUGGUGGGACAACAUCUCUGACAAGUGUCUGCUGUUGGGGGUCUACAAGCACGGUUAUGAGAAGUACAACACGGUGCGUGCAGACCCUGCCUUCUGCUUCCUAGAGCGAGUGGGCCGGCCAGACGAGAAGGCCAUCGCUGCUGAACAGAGAGCCAAUGACUUCAUGGAUGGGGACGUGGAUGACCCAGAAUACAAGCCCGCCCCAGCCUUGCUGAAGGACGAUAUGGAGGAUGACGCCUCCUCUCCUGGAGACCUGGUUGUCACAGACAACCCUGGAGAGGGUGCUCCAGUGAUGAUGGAGGGGUUAGGUGGAGGAGGAGGAGAUGCAGCCUACUGGCCCUCCUCCUCAGUACUAACAGCCAGACUGAGACGUCUGAUCACAGCCUCUCAGCGCUACACCAAGUCCAGACAGAUCCUCCACAUCCACCAGACCCAGACACAGCACACCACCCAGGUCACGCCCUCACUGUGCCCCCUGCCACCCACCCUCAACGACACUAUCAACCCCAAGAUGGCCGCCAAGAUAGAACGCCAGCAGAGAUGGACGAGGCGAGAGGAAGCUGAUUUCUACCGUGUGGUGUCUACCUUUGGUGUGGUGUUUGACCCAGACCUGGGCCGUUUCGACUGGACCAAGUUCAGAGCCAUGGCUCGGCUGCACAAGAAGACAGACGAGAGUCUGCAGAAGUACCUGUGGGCCUUCACUGGCAUGUGCAGGAGAGUGUGUCGCCUGCCACCCAGAGAAGGAGACACAGCGGUGGACCCCUCUCUGUCCAUUCAGCCCAUCACAGAGGAGCGUGCAUCUCGUACCCUCUACAGAGUAGAGCUGCUACGCCAGGUCAGGGAACAGGUCCUGCGCCACCCCUCGCUCUAUGAGCGCCUGCCCCUGUGCCAGCUGGGCUCGGACCUGCCCGUGUGGUGGGAGACCGGUACCCACGACCGAGAUCUCCUAAUCGGGGCCGCCAAGCACGGCGUCAGCCGCACAGACUACCACAUCCUCCGAGACCCAGAGCUCUGCUUCAUGGCUGCCCAGCGCAACUACAGCCAGAAUAAAGGAGUCCAACAGCCAUCCCAGACCCCUACUCCGCUCCUUAACCCCCAGUACCAGGCUAGUAGAGACCCAGCCUUGGCAGAGUGCCCUGUGCCUGCCCCAGCCCAGAGGGAGAGGGAUGACAUCCUGGGGGCAGUGCCCAAAGAAGAACCUCCCUCGGAGGGGGGGGAGCGCAUGGAGAGAGGGGGUCAGGUGGAGGGGGAGAGGUGGAGUCCCCAGCCUGCCCCUCUCACUCCUACAGGGAUAGAGGAGAAGCCUGACCUGGGGGUGGUGAAAGGAGAGAAUGAGAGCCACAUGGUGGCGGCACGGACCAAGCCACUCACACCCAACUCAGCCGCCAGGAAAGAGAAGAAAGCCAAUAAAAGAAGUCGAAGAGAGGCCAGACGAGCCGCCUCUGCAGCAUCAGACUCCGACUCGGACGGCUCCUCCUCCAGCUCUUCAUCACGAUCUUCUUCAUCAUCGUCAUCGUCGUCCUCUUCCUCCUCACGCUCCGGAUCCAGCUCCUCUUCAUCUUCAUCCUGCUCAUCAGGCUCCUCAUCUUCCUCUUCCUCAUCUUCAUCUUCCUCUGUUGACAGUGAGAGUGAGGGAGAGGAAGGAAAGACCAAGGUCCCGACAGUGGCCAUCGUGAAGGGAUUUGACGAAGACAGUGUGGCAUCUCUCAGCACCACUCAGGAUGAGAUGCAGGACAGUCACGUGACAGAGAACGGCAGCAACAACUCACACCACCACCCCUUCCAGGGAGGAUACAUGCUGGCUGCAUCCUACUGGCCCAAAGACCGUGUGAUGAUCAACCGUCUGGACAGUAUCUGCCAAGCAGUGCUGAAGGGGAAGUGGCCGGGGGCCCGGCGGUCGUACGAGGCAGGAGGGGCCGUAGCCUCCUUCUACACCACCAAGCUGCUGGACAAUGCAGCUGCGGCCAACAACAGCAGCAACCUCUGCUCAGCUUCCGCCUCGGCCUCAGAGGACCCCUCUGCCUCCCCUCAGGGUUCAAAGGUGAAGAAGCAUGUUGCAGGAGAAAAGGAGUUCUCAGUGAAAAUGAAUGAACAGGAGGGGGGUUUGAAGCUGACCUUCCAGAAGCAGGGGCCCGGCCAGCCCCUGAAGAGGCCCCUGGAGCCUGAGGAGGGGCCCCUGAGCCAGCAGCAGUACCUUACAAGGCUCCAUGAGCUCCAGAGUGCCUCAGACACCAGUCUGGCUGACUUUACCAAGCCCCAGGCUGCCAGCUUCCCACAGGCCUCUACAGGUCUGGCGGGUCAGAUGAAGCUGAACGGAGGUAUGGAUGGCCAGCCGGUGGUGAAGAGGAGGAGAGGAAGGAGGAAGAAUGUGGAGGGGAUGGACCUGCUCUAUAUGAACAGGAACAGAGGACCAGCCGUGCCUGAAAGCGUGCCCCCGGCGUGGGGUGGUAUGGGUCAGGCUGGCACUGGGCUGUCUAUUGCCUCAGGGCAGGGUAACCACCUAGGGGGCCAGGGCCCUAUGGACACAGAGAGCAGGGUCUCUGUCAUCAACCUGAAAGAUGGGACCCGUCUGGCCGGAGACGAUGCCCCCAGGAGGAGGGAGCUGGAGCUGUGGCUAAAAGAACACCCAGGCUUUGUGGCCGACACAGGGGCCUUCAUCCCUGGAGUGAAUAAGAGGCAGCUGGAGCAGUUCCAGCAGGAUGGUAGACCCAAGCAGAAGAGGCAUCGCUGUAGAAACCCCAACAAGAUCGAUGUCAACAGUCUGACAGGAGAGGAGAGGGUCCAGAUCAUCAACAGGAGAAAUGCACGCAAGGUUGGUGGGGCCUUCGCCCCCCCUCUAAAGGACCUGUGUGGGUUUCUUCAGGAGAACCCAGAGUACGGGGUUCCACCAGAGUGGGCCGACGUCGUCAAGCAGUCGGGCUACCUCCCAGAGAGCAUGUUUGACCGGAUCCUGACAGGACCCAUCGUACCAGAGGAGGUGAGUCGGCGUGGACGGAGGCCCAAGAGCGCCCUGGCCAAGGCUGCAGCUACAGCCAACCAGGGGGCCCCAUCCCUGGGCCUCAACCCCCUGCUGGCCAACGGCCUCCUCUCUGGCAUGGAUCUAUCUAGUCUACAGGCCUUCCAGCAGAACCUCCAAAGUCUCCAGUCACUGCAGCUCACUGCCGGCCUCAUGGGCCUGCCCACUGAUGCUAACAACCUGGCCGCCAUGUUUCCCAUGAUGCUCUCUGGCAUGGCUGGGCUUCCCAACCUCCUUAGCAUGGGGGGUCUGCUGGGGAAGCCCCCACAGGACACCACGGGGGGAGCUGAGCAGAGGAAGAGGAAGAAGGGUAGCAGAGAAGGAGGAGGAGGGGAGCCCUCGUCUGCCUCCUCCAAAGCCCCCUCCUCCUCCCACUCCCACGGCCUCUCCCACACCUCGGACACCAAAGGUGAAAGGACAGAAAGUCAAAGCAGGGACGGGGACGGCCACAUCCCCAGUGUCCAUUCCCCCUCCAGUUCCUCUGCCACCACCUCCACCACCACCCCACUAAGUGCUUCUGCUGCCCAGGCAGCCUCCAGUCACCCUCUGUCUCUUAACCCCUUGUUACUCUCCAGUAUGCUUUACCCAGGGAUGCUUCUAACUCCAGGCCUUAACCUUCCUGUGUCCACCACACAGCCACCACACAGUGACUCAAACAGUGACCACAAACCCCACAAGCCCACUAAGACCUCUAAGACCGACCCCUCAAAACCUCUGUCGCCAAGGAGAACACCAGAGUGUCAGGAAGAGGAGAGUCUUGGUGACAAGAGGGAGGAGUCAGGGGAACACAAGGAGGAGAACAGUGGUCCAGAAGGCUCGGGGAAGGCGGAUUCAUCUUCUUCAUCUGAGUCUGGGAGCUCUUCUUCAUCUGAUGGGUCAUCAGACUCCAGCGAUGAAGACUGAGCCUAAUGAAUAUAUAAAUAUAUUUAUGUAUCUAUUAGAAAUGUACACACAUACAGUACCAGCCAAAAGUUUGGACACACCUACUCAUUCAAGGGUUUUUCUUUAUUUUUACUAUUUUCUGCAUUGUAGAAUAAUAGUGAAGACAUCAAACCUAUGAAAUAACACAUAGGGAAUCAUGUAGUAACCAAAAAAUUGCCUUGAUGACAGCUUUGCACACUCUUGGCAUUCUCUCAACCAGCUUCUCCUGGAAUGCUUUUCCAACAGUCUUGAAGGAGUUGUUGGCUACUUUUCCUUCACUCUGUGGUCCAACUCAUCCCAAACCAUCUCAAUUGGGUUGAGGUCGGGUGGUUGUGGAGGCCAGGUCAUCUGAUGCAGCACUCCAUCACUCUCCUUGGUCAAAUAACCCAUACACAGCCAGGAGGUGUAUUUUGGGUCAUGGUCCUGUUGAAAAACAAAUAAUAAUCCCACUAAGCGCAAACCAGAUGUGAUAGAGGAUCGCUGCAGAAUGCUGUGGUAGCCAUGCUGGUUAAGUAUGCCUUGAAUUCUAAAUAAAACACAGACAGUGUCACCAGCAAAGCACCCCCAUACCAUCACACCACCUCCUCCAUGCUUCACGGUGGGAACCACACAUGCCGAGAUUAUCUCAUCAGACCAAAGGACAGAUUUCCACCGGUCUAAUAGCCAUUGCUCGUGUUUCUUGGCCCAAGCAAGUCUCUUCUUCUUACUGGUGUCCUUUAGUAGUGGUUUCUUUGCAGCAAUUCGACCAUGAAGGCCUGAUUCAGUCUCUUCUGAACAAUUGAUGUUGAGAUGUGUCUGAAUGAAGCAUUCAUUUGGGCUCUAGUCAGGUGCAGUUAACUCUAAUGAACGUAUCCUCUGCAGCUGAGGUAACUGUGGUUCUUCCUUUCCUGUGGCGGUCCUCAUGAGAGCCAGCUUCAUCAUAUUGCUUAAUGGUUUUUGCCACUGCACUUAAAGAAACUUUCUAAGUUCUUGAAAAUGUCCAUAUUGACUGACCUUCAUGUCUUAGAGUAAUGAUGGACUGUCAUUUCUCUUUGCUCAUUUGAGCUGUUCCACCCCUACAAUGUCACAACACAACUGUUUGGCUCGAACGAAUUAAGAAAGAAAGAAAUUCCACAAAUUAACUUUUAACAAGGCACACCUGUUAAUUGAAAUGCAUUCCAGGUGACUACCUCAUGAAGCUGGUUGAGAGAAUGCCAAGAGUGUGCAAAGCUGUCAUCAAGGCAAAGGGUGGCUACUUUGAAGAAUCUCAAAUAUAAAAUAUAUUUUGAUUUGUUUAACAAUUUUUUGGUUACUACAUGAUUCCAUAUGUGUUAUUUCAUAGUUUUGAUGUAUUCACUAUUAUUCUACAAUGUAGAAAAUAGUAAAAAUAUAGAAAAACCCAGGAAUGAGUAGGUACGUCCAAACUUUUGACUAGUACUGUAUAUAUUACACAUAUAUAUGGAUUUCCCUGCACUUACAUUGUGAUUUAUUUUCAUGUAAAUACAGAAAACUAACUAAAAUGUUGUGUAAUAAAGACUACAAAAGUGAAAAAAGAAGAACCAUGACCUACGAGAAACUGAAAUGAACUUUCAGUGUUUGUUCAAAAAGGUACAAUCUUGUUUUGAGAGACAUUUUGCAUGUCAAACUUUAGUAGAUUUCUGAACUUUGUGAACUUGUAUUAGGCCUACACACAUUGAUGUACAAUUGCAACAGACUGAGAAAAAGAAAUCAAAAUGGCAUUAUUGUAAUUAUUAUGUUGGGAUUUAAUUUUAUUAAAAAAGAGGAAAUAAAUAUAGGCUCUCUGCUGAGCUGUACUCUUAA